GAUCGUCGAAGAGACAAAGCCACGGAUAGCAAUGGACGAAGAAGGGUAUAUGCAAAAGCUCCGAUCUAAAGCAACAGAGCUUCUCCUGAGAGAAGAAUGGAAGGAAUCCAUCGAAGCGUAUUCAAACUUCAUCACUCUUUGCCAAAACCAAAUCUUUCAUACCCAAAACCAUUCAGACUUAGAUCAGCCUCAAAGGCUUCGAAAAUCCCUCUGCUUAGCUUUUUCAAACAGAGCAGAAGCAAGAUCAAGAUUGAAAGAAUUUCGUUCUGCGUUGGAAGAUUGUGAUUUAGCUUUGGGAAUCGAUGGGACCCAUUUGAAGACUCUGAUCUGCAAAGGUAAGAUAUUGCUCAAUCUCAAUAUGUAUUCUGUGGCUUUGGAUUGUUUCAGAGUCGCUCUUCUUGAUCCCCAAGCUAAUGGGAACUCUGAAAACCUUAAUGCGUAUGUCGAGAAAUGUAAAAAACUCGACGUUCUCUCCAGAACUGGAGCUCUAAACCUUUCCGAUUGGGUUUCAAAUGGGUUUCGAGGAAAGUCUCCAGAACUCGCAGAGUACAUUGGUUCUGUGGAGAUCAUGAAAUCUGAGAUCAGUGGACGUGGGUUGUUUGCAACUAAGAACAUCGAUGGAGGGGGAUUGGUUUUAGUCACAAAGGCAAUAGCGAUGGAAAGGAGUGUUCUUGGGGGGAAAGAUCUGAGUGAGGAAGCUCAACUAGUGAUGUGGAAGAAUUUCAUUGAUAAAGUUGCAGACUUCGUUGGAAAAUGUCGCAGAACGAGCAAUUUGAUCAGCAAAUUGUCAAAUGGGGAAGAUGAAGAUUCACUUGGGGUUCCUGAUAUAGGUCUCUUUAAACCAGGAACAGAGAUGAAGAACAAUCAACCCGGUGCGACGGAGAAGAUUGAUAUGGGUAAGUUACUAUCCAUAUUGGAUGUGAAUUCUCUAACCGAAGAUGCUGUUUCAGCCAGUGUGUUAGGGAAGAAGAACAAUGAUUAUUAUGGUGUUGGGCUAUGGAUAUUACCUUCCUUCAUCAACCAUUCAUGCUGCCCCAAUGCAAGGAGAUUACACGUAGGAGACUAUCUGAUAGUUCAUGCUUCUAAAGAUAUCAAAGCAGGUGAAGAAAUAACCUUUGCCUAUUUGGAUCCACUUUCUUCAUUGCACAAGCGCAAAGAGAUGUCAAUGACAUGGGGAAUCCAAUGCAGAUGUAAGAGAUGUAAGUUUGAGUCAGAAAUCAUGUGCAAACAAGAGAUGAGAGAGAUUGAGAUUGGUCUUGAAAGAGGGAUGGAUGUGGGAAGUGCAGUGUACAAAUUAGAAGAAGAAAUGAAGAGAUGGAAAGUGAGAGGGAAAGAGAAAGCCUAUUUGAGGGCAUCAUUUUGGUCUGCGUAUUCUGAGGUUUAUAGGUCUGAUAGGCUCAUGAAGAGGUGGGGAAGGCGGAUUCCGGCCAUGGAAGCCGUGGUCUAUAGCAUCAUAGAUGUUAUAGGAGGAGAUGAGAGGCUACUUAAGAUUCAAAUGGAGGAGUUGAAGAAAAAUGGAGGUGGUGGACUUGUGGAGAUGGAGAAAGCUUUGAAGCUGGCAAGAGAAGUGUAUGGGAAGGUGGUAAAAAAGCAGGCCAUGAGGACUCUUCUUGAGCUUUGUGUUUCAACUAAUGAAUGAGUUGUGAAUAUAGUUUACUUCACUUCAACUUUCAGUUGUUGUUGCAGAGCUCUGUAAUUUUUCUCAAUUUAGGUGUAAAACCCAAAGUCAUAGGCCGCAAUCAAGCCUAUUGUCAUGGACAU